AAAUAGAACUCCCCAAGCACGCGCACAGAUGUCUGGACAGUACUCGACAGAUGGCGGAUUCAGGCCGGUUUUGGAGAUUCUGCGCUCCUUAUAUCCAGUCGUGCAGACUUUGGAGGAGUUCACCGACGGACUGCAAUUCCCUGACGGCCGAAAGCCGGUUCUGCUGGAGGAAACAGACGGCGCGCGCUUUAAAAAGCUCCUCAGUGGACUUAUUGUAUGCGCCUACACGCCGCCGCAGCUGCGCGUCCCCGCCCAGCUCAGCACCCUGCCGGAGGUCUUGGCGUUCACUCUGAACCACAUUAAACGUAAGAAACUGAGGAACGUCCUGGGCUUCGGUUAUCAAUGCAGCGACGUGACGACCAGUUCGGAUCCCUUCCGUUUCCAUGGUGACGUUUCGCAGACGGCUGCUUCCAUCAGCACCAGCGAGGUCUGGAAGCGUAUCAACCAGCGUCUGGGCACGGAGGUAACGCGGUACCUGCUGCAGGACUGUGCCGUUUUCACCACCGUCCCGCCAUCGUGUGUUCUGCAGGUGUGCGGAGAACCUGUUUACGACUUGCUGAUGCCGCGCUCAUGGUCUGGCUUUUUCCUCAGUAACUCAGAUAAUGAACGAAUCAGCGGCGCGAUGCGGAAAUCCCCUGCUGUCCAGAAGACAGUCGCAAUUUCCAAAAAGAGAACAAGAGAUAACGAAAAAUAUAUUUCGGUAAAGCGGCGGAGGGUAAAGGAAACUGUGAAUAAUAAUAACGGAAAUUACAGAUCUCGGUGUUUUGCAAUUUCUAAAAAGAGAGCGAGAGAUAAUGAAGAAAAUAUUUCGUUAAAGCGACGGAGGAUGGAGGAAACUGACCAAGAAGCGAAAAUACGUAAUGAAAAUCACGGAUCUCAGAGUUUCACAAUUUCUAAAAAGAGAGCGAGAGAUAACGAAGAAAAUAUUUCGUUAAAGCGACAAAGGAUGGAGGAAAUUGACCAAGUAGCGAAAAUACGUAACGAAAAUCACGGAUCUCAGAGUUGGAAACCAGCGGAUCAGCGUCCUCCUCGACCCUCGCAAUGUUCAAUACGCGUUCUGAGCAUGCUCUACAAUGGGCGGGGCAUGAAGAACUUCCUGCUCAACAGGAAGUUGAAAGGAGUGGGCGGGGCCAGGCGCAUGCAAGGGGAGGAUCUUGUCCGCAUGAUUUUCCUCCAAUCAGAAUCCAACGAUAGCAAACCGAAAAAACUUCCUAAACGAUUCUUCGCAAUGGUGCCGCUAUUCAGUCGGCUGUUGCGGCAGCACAGGAAGUGUCCGUAUCGGCUGUUCCUGCAAAGAAAGUGUGCAGGAAAUCCAGACGUGGAGGAUAUGGAGUCUCUGCUGAAGUCACACUCGUCUCCAUAUAGAGUUUAUCUGUUCGUCAGGGAGUGUCUGCGCCAUAUUAUUCCCCACGAGCUCUGGGGCUGCCAGGAAAACCAGCUCCACUUCCUGUCUAAUGUAAAGAACUUCCUGCUUCUGGGGAAGUUUGAGCGCCUCACGCUGGUCCAGCUGAUGUGGAGGAUGAAGGUUCAGGCCUGCCAUUGGCUGGGGCCCAAGAAACGUCAGUGUGCGAGCGAGCACCGCUACCGUGAGUGGAUGUUGGGUCAGUGUAUGGGCUGGGUGUUGAGUGGUUUUGUGGUCGGUCUGGUCAGAGCUCAGUUCUACAUCACGGAGAGUAUGGGCCACAAACACACACUGCGCUUCUACAGGGGAGAUGUCUGGAGCAGACUGCAGGACCAGGCCUUCAGGGCUCAUCUGUGUAAGGGCCAGUGGAGGCCCCUGUCUCCAUCCCAGGCGCUGAAGGUCCCCAAUAGUGCAGUGACAUCCCGCAUCCGCUUUAUUCCCAAAACCAGCAGCAUGAGGCCCAUCACACGCCUCAGCGGCAGCAGAGACACACUGCAGUAUUUUCAGAGCUGUGUGCGUGUGCUGCAGAAUGUGUUGAGUGUGUGUGUGCGUGAGGCCCCGGGGCCCAUGGGCUCCACCGUCUGGGGUUGGCAGGACAUUCACAGACGCCUGCAAGACUUCAGCCCUCAGCAGAAGAGCUCGCCACGACCGCUCUACUUCGUCAAGGUGGAUGUGAGCGGAGCGUAUGACAGUCUCCCGCACCUGAAGCUGGUGGAGGUGCUGAAGGAAGUGUUGGGUCCGUUUGCAGAGCAGAGCUUCUUCCUGCGUCAGUACAGCAGUGUGUGGAGCGACCCGACCCGCGGCCUGCGCAAACGCUUCUGCACCAAAGCUGAGAUGUCGGAGCCGCUCAACAUGAAGGGGUUUGUUGUGGAUGAACAGGUCAGCGGGCGCCUGCAUGAUGCUAUAUUAGUGGAGCGGCACUCGUCUGAGGUCAGAGGUGGAGACGUCUUCCAGUUCUUCCAGAAGAUGCUCAGCAGUUACGUCAUCCAUUACGACCAGCAGAUGUUCCGGCAGGUGUGUGGGAUCCCGCAGGGCUCUUCUGUGUCUUCUCUGCUGUGUAAUCUGUGUUACGGACACAUGGAGAAAGCCCUGCUGAAGGACAUCGCUAAAGGAGGGUGUCUGAUGAGGCUGAUUGAUGAUUUUUUGCUCAUUACUCCUCAUCUGAGUAAAGCCACAGAGUUUCUGACCACUCUUCUGUCUGGAGUUCCAGAUUACGGUUGCCAGAUUAACCCUCAGAAGGUGGCGGUGAACUUCCCGGUGUGUGUGUCCUGGGUAAACUCGGGCGUCUCUGUGCUGCCGUCCAGCUGCCUGUUCCCCUGGUGCGGCUUGAUGAUACACACACACACGCUGGACGUCUAUAAAGACUACUCACGGUAUGACGGCCUAUCACUGCGCUACAGCCUGACUCUGGGCUCCGCCCACUCUCCAUCUACAGUCAUGAAGAAGCUGCUGUCGGUGCUCAGCAUCAAAAGCACGGACAUCUUCCUAGACCUCAGGCUGAACUCUGUGGAGGCCGUUUACAGGAGUCUGUAUAAGCUGAUUCUGCUGCAGGCGCUCAGGUUUCAUGCGUGCGUGAGGAGUCUGCCGUUGGGUCAGAGUGUGAACAGAAACCCUUCGUUCUUCCUGAAGAUGAUCUGGAGAAUGACUCGAGUCACCAAUAAACUCCUCACACACAUUAACAAAGGUCUGCCUGUGUGUUCUGUGGACAGUGGUGGUGUUCUGCAGUCUGAGGCGGUUCAGCUUUUAUUCUGUUUGGCCUUCGAGACGCUUUUCAGACGGUUUCGCUCAAUUUACCACUGCCUGAUCCCUGCACUGCACAAACGGAAGCGUGCUCUUCAGCGUGAGCUCUGCGGGAUCACUCUGGCUCGGGUCCGUCAAGCUUCCUCUCCCAGAAUCCCCCUGGAUUUCAGCAUGCGGGUGUAAAAAAAACCUGUCACGCGACACAACAGUAAACACUGAUCUGGGAACAGUUUCCUUUUACUGUCUGACAGCUGACUAAACACAUCUGCACUGCUCAUAAACACUUGAUGGCUGACUGUAAAACACACACACACUCGUAAACACAGCAUUUCUGUUCAGGUAGCUUGAUAUUCUGUCUGAAAAUAAACCAAAAUCACAGAUCGAUG